AUGAAGAAGAUACAUGAUGGUCCUUCAGAAACAGGCAAGUCCAUCAUGUUCUGUUUUUUCUUCUUCUUCUUGUCUUGUUUCCAUGUCUGUUUCUCCGAGCUGUCUACGAACCAGACAAGCACAAUGAUCGAGCUCUCAAGAAUCCUCAAUAUCUCAGACUGGAAUCUUCCUGGUUCUGAGAGAAACCCAUGUUUAUGGAGAGGCGUUCUCUGCAGCCAACCAGACAACGGCUCUGUGAUAAGCCUGACUCUCUCUGGCUUCGACCUCACCAAUUCUUCAUUUUUACCUCUUCUCUGCCAAAUCCAGACUCUGGAGUCUCUUGAUGUCUCCAACAACAGCUUGAGCUCAAUCCCAGAUGGCUUCAUGACGACAAACUGCGAAACUCUCGUUGGAUUGAAGCAUCUCAACUUCAGCAUGAACCAACUUUCUUCUUCUUCUUCUUCUUCUUCUUCUUCUUCUUCCCCUGGUUUACGCUAUUUCUCCAAAUUGGAAGAUCUUGAUUUCUCUUACAACCUGUUAAGUGGGAACAUCGGAGACUACGGUUUAGAUGGGUUAGUUCAGUUGAGAACUCUGAAUCUCAACUUCAACAACCUAACAGGUUCUGUUCCGAGCAAUUUGUCCAAAACUCUUGACAAGCUCGAGAUCACAAACAAUUCCUUGAGCGGUACUGUUCCUGAGAGCAUCCAAGAUUAUCAAGAACUAAAGCUGUUGGAUCUCAGUGACAACCAGCUCAACGGAUCAAUCCCAAGUUCCUUAGGAAACCUCUCAAAGUUGGAAACUUUACUUCUCUCAAACAACCAUCUUCUUGGCCCAAUCCCUGAAUCACUCUCAAGAAUCCAAACACUGCAAAGAUUCGCAGCGAACCGUAACCGUUUCACCGGAGAAAUCCCUUCUGCGAUCACAAGACACGUCAAGAAUCUUGAUCUCAGCUACAACAAUCUAAAAGGGACGAUUCCAGUUGAUCUUUUGUCCCAGCAGCUUCACCUAGUCUCUGUUGACUUGUCGUUUAAUCAACUCCAUGGAUGGUUACCUCCGCGACACGUUUCUCCUAGUCUUGUUAGGCUGAGACUAGGAAGCAACAAGCUAUCAGGUCCUGUGCCUUCUUCCGCGUUUCAAUCGCUUGAGAACCUAACCUAUCUGGAGAUGGACAACAACAGUUUCACCGGCUACAUACCUAGUGAUCUCGCUUCGUGUCCGAGCUUGAAUCUCAUGAACUUGGCAAUGAACAAGUUCACUGGAAUCAUACCUCCUGCGUUUGGUAACCUCACCAAGCUUCGAGUGAUGAAACUGCAGCAGAACAAGCUUACCGGAGCAAUCCCAGACGAGGUCAAACAGUUAAGCAACCUCCUGAUUCUUGACUUGAGCUGGAAUUCUCUGAGUGGAUCCAUACCGUCUUCGCUUUCAAACCUAACAAAGCUCACCAACAUAAACUUGCAAGGUAAUAACCUAACCGGUACUAUACCUGACAAGAUUGGAGAUCUUGAUGGUCUGAUAGAGCUCCAGCUAGGUCAAAACAUGCUAAGAGGGAAGAUUCCGGUAAUGCCAAGAAAGUUACAAAUCUCUUUGAAUCUCAGUUACAACAUGUUUGACGGACCUAUCCCCACUUCAUUGUCUCAACUUGACCGCUUGGAAGUUCUUGAUCUGUCCACCAACAGAUUUUCAGGAGAGAUCCCUGAUUCUCUAACCAGUUUAGUAUCUCUUUCACAGCUCAUUCUCUCCAACAACCAGCUUACCGGAGACAUUCCAAGCUUCACCAAGAAUGUUAAACUCAACAUCAGCGGAAACCCUGGGAUCAUCACAAAGGUAAAUGAGGAGAAUGGUCCUAUCAAGAAAAGGUCACAAGGGAAGAGGAAGAGAAAACUAGUUUUGGUUGCCGUUGGAGUUGUUGCUCUUGUGUCAGUGAUCAUAACUGUCAUCGCGUUGAGAUUUUCAAGGCAAGGGGUUAACAAGAUGCAAGUCGGCUCGGUUGAAGAAGAAAGAUCAAUGGAGCUUCCAGAGGUCGUCCGUGGCAAGCUUCUCACCCCAAACUCUCUACACAGAUCAAACAUCAGUUUCGCCAAAGCUGUGGAAGCUGUUGCUCGGCAAGAGAACGCCUUGUUCCAGACAAUGUUCUGGAGUUACUACAGAGUAGUCAUGCCCUGUGGUUCGAGUUACUUGAUCAAGAAGCUAAAGACGAGAGAUAGGGUUUUCAAGCAAGCAAGCAGCGAGCAGCAGCUAGAGCUAGACUUAGAGAUGUUGGGGAAGCUGCAUCACCCGAACGUAAUGGUUCCACUAGCUUAUGUGCUGUACUCUGAGGGAUUCUUGCUCUUCUAUGACUUUGCUCACACUCGUAGUACUCUUUACGACGUUAUACACAACCAUACCGGAGACGUGGUUGAUUGGACGAGCAGGUACAGUAUAGCAGUUGGGAUAGCUCAGGGGAUCUCUUACUUGCAUGGAUCCAUAUCCAACGGUCGUGAACCAAUCCUCUUACAAGAUCUCUCUAGUAAGAAAAUAAUGCUCAAGUCGCUCACCGAGCCUUUAGUAGGGGAUAUUGAAUUGUUCAAGGUAAUGGAUCCUUCCAAAAGUAAUAGCAGCCUCUCGGCAUUUGCAGGCACCAUCGGCUACAUUCCACCAGAGUAUGCUUACACAAUGAGGGUGACGACGGCUGGGAACGUCUACAGCUUUGGAGUGAUUCUUUUGGAGUUGUUAACUGGGAAGCCAGCGGUAAGCGAAGGAAGAGAAUUGGCUAAGUGGGUGAUGCAGAGACAUUCGAGCCAACAAGAUGAGUGCAACAACAUUCUUGAUCUCAGAGUGAGUAAGACAUCGACUACAGCAACCAAGCAGAUGCUGCGUGCCCUUAGUAUUGCGCUUGCCUGCAUAAACAUCUCUCCUGGGGCAAGGCCAAAGAUGAAGACUGUCCUACGGAUGCUCACAAGACUCUAA